GCGCAAAAUCAUCCGAAAGUAAAGCAUGACAACAAUUGUUUGGCUUGGUGUCAUCAUAUGAUACGAGUUCAUACAAAUAUUAUAAAGAGAAAAGAUUUAAUUGUUUGUUUGUUUAAUAGGCUUCUAAACAACUGUAGCGAUUUUAAAAUUCUUUCACCUAUAGGUACGUACCCACGUCAUAGAUAAUAAUUUACGCGGGCGAAGUCGCGGGAAUAGCUAGUUCUAAAAUCACAUAAAUUUUACGAAUAUCGAGGAAUUUCUAUCUUCUAGGUUCUCGUAGAGCCAGCAACAAUUUAUUUCUGUGACCCCAGCCGUAUAUUGUUUUAGUUUGGGAUAGGUAUAUACAUAUAGGUAUUGUGGGCAAAACAUAAAUUCAAUGUUAAACACAAUCCAAUAGUUAUCUUUAAUACCGUACCAAAUAGAAAAAACAGUUUACUUGAACUGUUACAAUGACAAAAACCUACAUAUGUAAUAGUCACGAUAUACGUAACAUGAUUUCCCGACGACGAAGGCUCGUCACUCACAGGUAAACUAACAGAGUAAAUAGUAACAGAUAAACGACAGACACGAUGGGGGGCGGGCGGUGUUCAGUCAGUAACGCGUGCGCGACACAGCUACUCGGUGGAGCGCUCGCGCGAACCUGACCCCCUUGUCGGCUCGACGAUCAUCUGUUCCGGCAGUCAUCCAGAAACCUGACCAUGAGUACCCGCCAACUUCGCCGGCUAGCCGCCGCUACUAGGCCGGCGUUUCAAUCUCCAUGCAUUUGCAACAGAUAUUACAGUCAAGUGAGACCCGUCUAUAUAAUAGAUCGUCAUGAUAAAUGGCGGAACUCAGCUCCGAGCUUUUACGCUGUGCAGGCUCUUGACAUGAGGGUCCGAGAAGGGUCUCACAAAAACGCUGACGAUGUUUUAUUCGAUAUGUUCAAAAAUGAAGACACGGGUUUAUUGCCUGUUGGAAAGUUUUUGGCGGCCUUGAGAACAACGGGUAUAAGAAAAAACGACGCCAGAGUGAAAGAAGUAAUGCACAAUUUAUAUAAAGUACAUAAGGAACAAAACUUUGAAGGAGGAUCGCCAGAGACAUUAAAACUCGAUAGAAAAACUUUUAAAGAAGUUAUCGCGCCUAACAUAGUUCUGAUAACUAGAGCGUUCCGAAGCCAAUUUGUUAUUCCUGAUUUCCAAGAUUUCAUUAAGGAUAUAGAAGAAAUGUACUGGGCAGCAAAAAGUAAUACUGAUGGAAAAGUUGCUAGCUACAUACCGCAAUUAGCAAGAGCUAGCUCUGAAAGUUGGGGAGUAAGUGUUUGCACGAUAGACGGCCAAAGAUUCUCUAUUGGUGAUGUGACGGUUCCAUUCACAUUACAGUCGUGCAGCAAACCCCUGACUUACGCGAUGGCACUAGAUACUCUUGGUCCAGAUGUAGUUCAUAAAUAUGUUGGCACCGAGCCCAGCGGAAGAAACUUCAAUGAACUCGUCUUGGACUAUAAUAUGAAACCACACAACCCCAUGAUCAACGCAGGAGCGAUUUUAGUUUGCUCAUUACUGAAAACCUUGGACAAACCUGAAAUGACUCUUGCCGAAAAAUUCGACUACGUUAUGUCAUUCUUCAGUCGGUUAGCUGGAAAUGAAGUAUUAGGUUUCAAUAAUGCCGUAUUUUUAUCUGAAAGAGAAGCAGCGGACAGAAAUUAUGCUUUAGGUUUCUACAUGCGUGAACACAAAUGUUAUCCAGAGAAAACAAAUCUUCGAGAAUGCAUGGAUUUCUAUUUCCAGUGUUGUUCUAUGGAAGCCAACUGUGAUAUUAUGUCUAUAAUGGCAGCUACAUUAGCAAACGGAGGAAUUUGCCCCAUAACAGACGAAAAGGUUCUUGGACCAGAUUCUGUACGCAACGUGCUAUCUCUGAUGCACAGCUGCGGAAUGUACGAUUACUCUGGACAAUUUGCUUUCAAAGUUGGGCUGCCUGCAAAAUCAGGAGUGUCGGGUGCAAUGCUCAUAGUUGUGCCAAACGUUAUGGGAAUAUGUACGUGGUCUCCUCCACUCGAUCCGCUCGGAAACAGCUGCAGAGGUCUUCAAUUUUGUGAGUCUUUGAUCGAGCGUUUCAAUUUCCACAAAUAUGAUAAUAUCCGUUACGCAAGCCAUAAGAAGGACCCACGACGUUAUAAAUUUGAAUCUACCGGCCUCAGUAUUGUGAAUUUAUUGUUUUCUUCAGCUAGCGGUGACCUCAGUGCUUUAAGAAGACACCAUCUUUCUGGCAUGGAUAUGACGUUAUCAGAUUACGAUGGUCGUACUGCGUUGCAUCUUGCCGCGGCAGAAGGGCAUCUCUCGUGUGUAGAUUUCCUUUUAGCUCAAUGUGGCGUACCGCAUGACCCACGCGAUCGCUGGGGCAGCCGCCCACUUAACGAGGCAGAAACAUUUGGCCACACAGCUGUAGUGCAGUACCUUAAUGAAUGGGAACGAUCGCAUCCUUUGGAUAAACCAAAAGAAAUAGCCAUAGCAGAGGCAACUGAAUCUUUAGACGAUAUCCUCGAAGUCAAACCUGAUGCCAAUGAUGCGGUCAAAGACCCAAGCAUUCAAGAGAUUGUUUCACGAAAUGGAGACAAAGUACAGUAGAAUCUCAACCGAUUAUAGUUUAAUAGCUAAUCUCAUUAAUAAAAUAAUGUUAGAUCUCUAAUAAUUUGUUUAAGGGUAGAUAUAUAAAAAAUAUACAAAAUUUCUAAAAGAAAAUGCAUUUGGAAUUUAAAAUUUAACAAUAAUAAAUUAUUCAUCUCAAUUAGUGUGCAAUUAUCUUAUUUUUUAGUUAGAAAAUGCUUUGCCUGUCAUGCUUAUCAUUAUAUGUAGAGUGGUUAUAAUGAAAAAGCGCUCGAUUAUGUUCAGACAUUCCAUUUAAUAUCUACUGUACGAUAAAAUAUACAAAAAACUCUAAACCCUACAAUUGAAUUAUAACAAAUUCUGUGUUAUCAGGUUAUCUUCUCAAAAGUGUAAUGAGACAAUAAAUAGAUUUUUAAACAAAAUAUAAUGAAUAUAAUGUUACUACUGUUAUCUAUGUUGUCCAAAUAUAAUUAUUAUGUCAAUU